CUGAAACCUCAUCUUACCGGCUCCUAUUCUCCAAUACGCCCUCAUAUUUUUAUUUAGUCGCACCUCAAAAAUGAUGGCCGAUCCAUUUGAGGUGCGCAUGCGCUUUACCGCGCAACUGCAACACCUCAACGCCUCUGUCACAUCAUCCCAGAAAGCAGCACACUAUGCGCUCAAAUACCGCGACAUGGACGAGGAUCUCCACUCCUGCAUCCUCGAACAACUCGAGAGGAAUAAUAUCAACAACAGAGCGAACAUCAUGUACUUCAUCGAACAGUUUUGCGAAAUGGCUACGAGGGAAGACCACGCUCCCUAUGUCCGGAUGAUACAGAGAGAUAUCCUGCGCGUUGUCGAUGCCGUCGCUCCGCCGGAUGGUUCCGGUGCCGCAAACAUUAAACACGUCCGUCGAGUGCUCAAUGGACUGCAGACCAAGGAAAUUCUCUCCGCAGAGACGGUAGCGGAGAUCGACGCCGGGCUGAAGGAGCGGGAGACUCACCCGGCCCAUCUGGACCUGGAAGCUGAAGAAGUGGCGGAGGCUGGCGGAGGCGGCGUCAGAUCGAAAACGGGAACGCCGAGAGGGUCGAAGGCGAACGGCAUGCGAGUGGACAAACGACAGAUUGAGCAGAGAAUCGAGGAAGACCGCGAACGGAAUAAACGACUACGAGAAAGCAUGUGGACGGUCAGUGGCGAUGAUAUUGAUGAGCAAGGAAGGUUCUGGGAUGAGGCCAGUGAUAUUGGCGAGGACGAUUUCCUGACUGCGAACGAGGAGCUCAUGGAGCGCAGGCAGAUGAUCGACGCUCGGUGAUGCGUAUAUACAAAUAUACGAGACCUCGCUUCAUAGAUUUACGGUUUCAUGUUGAUCUCAGGCGCAACGAUUUACUUGAUCGCAAGUUUACCGGGAUAGGACGGUGUUUAGGGGUGGAAUGGAGCUAGGUCUUCAAAACUUCGGAGCAUCCGGGCACGGCGUUUACAAUUGUGCUUUUGGGGGGAUAUUUUUGAGUGCAUUCACGACGGAGUUCAAACAAGGCAUUCUGGGAUAGCCG